GUUGAUCUUUGUGUUGAGAAAUGGUUCAAUAAUGUAUGGCUUCUAGGAGAUGUUUGUGGAAUUGACGAGUAUCUUCUCGGCCAAAUGUUGCCGCUCUGCUCUGUGGACCAGUUAAAGCAUGUGGAAGUGUCUACUAAAGGAAGGAAUUUGAGUCCGAUAACAAAUAAAUUGUGGAAGGCAUUUUAUGAAAAGCACUUUGGUAACACCAAUGAAGAUGAAGUGAUCGAGAAUUUGGAAGAAUUCAAAUGCCGUUCAAAUGGAAGCCGUUGCAUGAGUAUAAAGUGGAGGAGACUAAAGCUGUGGAGCGAAUGAGGCGACUAGUUCUCGAGCAGUAUGAAUAUGAUUAUCGUGGUGCUGAAUAUAAUGGAUUCAAUCCAAAGGCCAAGGAAGAGGUAGACUCUCUAAACAGUGAAGAAGAAGAAGAAGAAGAAGAAGAAGAAGAUGAUGAUGAUGAUGAUGAUGAUGAUUAUGAUGAUCACGACGAUGACGACUAUUAUGAUUAUGAUCAUGAUUAUGGUUAUUAUUAUUAUGAUGAUGAGGAAGGGGAGGAGGAGACUUAUCUUGAAGUAGGAGAGAAAUUGGAAGAAGUUUUUGUUGAAGAGGUAGAGGAAGUGUAAGGGGAAGAACAGACUCAGAUUGGAGAG